UUCUUGUGAGAUGAUGAGGUGGUUUGCUGAAACUGCGACGAAGUUGAGGGAGGAUUACGCCGCGGAACUAGACAAUGACGACGGGGGCGAGGGCGGUGGCGGCGACGCUUCAUUAUCAGAAACUGAUGACUCUGAUGAUGCCGACAUGGUUGGAUACUCUGAUGAACUGAACCGUAUGAAAUGGCACAUGAGAAAAGCCGUGAGGCCAGACGACUGGGCAGCUGCGUCGAUCUUCGGGCGGCCGGGCACCAAAAGAACGUACGCGGCGCGGGAGCUUUUUCAAUACGUACGAGAACUACAAACUUUUCACUGCGGCGUGUGGGUGACCGUGGCCCCCAAUAAUCACCGCAAAGAUAUCCUCAUCGGCAUUCUCUCUCAGGCUAGAAUCUAUCUCAACUGUGGCGACCGGGAGGUGGCGGUGGCGGCGGUCGGGCAAGGCGCCACGGGGCUCAAGGGGAGCUACGAGGACGACGAAGAAUUUGCAAUCAGGGUCAAUCUGCUCAACAUACUGGCGGGGCGGAGGUACAUGAUCGUGUUGGAUAACAUGAAUGAGACGGGAAUGUUGGAGUACUUGGUGACUGCGUUUCCGGUGCAGAACAACGGGAGUGUAGUGUUGGUGACGAGCAGCGCCGUAAACGUAAUGAACCAUCCGGGGCUCCUUUUAACUUAUAGGAUGGGAUAUCCGGCCUUACGAUACGAGGACAUGUGGUGGGAUCUUCUCCGGUCUAUGCUGUUGGCGCCGCAGCCCGUCUCGCCGGACUUGGAGGAUGUGGGAAGGAAGGCUGUCCGGAACUGUCGAGGCCGGUUUUUUUGUUUUGUGAAGCUUAUCUUCUUCUUAUGGAACGCCGACAGAAGUGUAGAGGCGUGGAGCCAGGUAGCCCAUCAUCCACACCAUCCAAUCUUCCACGAAAUUGUUGAUGAACUAGCAGAUGUACGUAAAAUCAGAGAAGACUUGAACAAUUUUACAGAUAGUGACAAGGCCGUCUUAUCCCAUUUUAUCGAAGAUAUUGAUGCACCAACUGGCGUUCAAUUUAUGAAGGAGAAGCUCUUCCCGGAAAGGAAGUUCUUCCCAAAGAUGGAAGUCAUCUCAUUUGUUGGAAUGGCGGGCAUUGGCAAGACAGCAUUUGUUAAGAAGGUUUAUGAAUAUGCUAAGAUUUUGUCCGAAUAUGAGAAUAUUGAUUUGCGUUAUUACAAGCACUGCGUGUGGCUUACUUUAGGCCCAAAAUAUAAAUCAGAAGAUAUAUUCAUAGAUAUUCUAGCUCAGAUAUUUCCAGACAUUGAUAAAAUGGUAAUCAGAGGAGAUGCAGAUCUUGCUGCUGAGAAGAUCCAAGUGUUACUGAACAAGAGGCUCUUCAUUGUGUUGGACGAUGUGUGGAGCGAAGCUCCAUUGGAGCACUUGGCGAAGUCAUUUCCGAACAUCAAGGGCAGGGCUUUUGUGACUACUAGAAUGGGGAAAGUGGCACGUUCUGAAAAGGUCCACAUUGUUCGUGAAAUGCACUUACUAAGCAAAGAAGAAAGCUGGAAGCUUCUUUGUGAGAAGGUGUUUAUUGAAGAAGAUAACUGCCCUUUUGAUCUGAGGAGAAGUGGGAAGAAAAUUGCUGAGAACUGUGAUGGUCUUCCUCUCACCAUUCUCAAAAUAGCUAGCCUCGUUUCCAAAGACCUCACCGCGGAAUACUGGGACGAUGUGGCAAAGAAGAAUUCGGAUUUCGUGAGUGCGUUGCAAGACUUAUCUGAAACACUAAUUCCAAUCUACAGCAACCUGCCUCAGUAUUUGAAACCCUGCUUUCUCUACAUGGGAGUGUUUCCGGAGAAAAGCGAGGUCUCCGCCUCCAGAAUCGUCCAGCUCUGGAGUGCUGAGGGUUUUCUCGAACAAGGAGACGAACAAGAGUUGGGUGCAGAAUGUUUGCGGGAGCUUGUCGAUAGAAAUCUUGUGAUGAGAUCCGACACUUGUCGCCUUAAUUCUGUUUUAUGGUAUCUAACCAACGCUGUAGCUGCGAGGACCAGCUUCUUCUAUACAUUGAGUAGUAAUCAAGAUGAUAAUGAUUCAAUCAAGACGGCUCGCAGAUUCUGUAUCCGCAACUGCAUUUUGCUGAGCAUUAAAGACGUGCAUGUCGCGAUGAUGGGGUCGGCUUCAACAGCGCAUUCCUUUCUCUGUAGCGGCGCGUAUCAUCAGUACCCUGUGCUGGUAUGCUGGGAGCUGAGGCUGCUGAGGGUGCUGGAUGCUGCGGCAAUCCGUUUCUAUGAUUUCCCUAUUGAAGCAGUGGAGCUUAUUCAUCUCAGGCACCUCGCCAUCACCUGCGACGGAGACCUUCCGCCUACCAUCUCCAAACUGUGGAAUCUCCAAUUCUUGAUUGUCAGUCGCCAUCUCUGCCUGUCUGGAGAUCCUUCCUACCUGCCUAUGGAGAUAUGGGAUAUGAAGGAACUCAAACAUGUUCAGGUCACAGGAAGCAACCUACCGAUCCCUAAUACUAGCGGCGCUGUCUUACCAAACCUGGUGACUCUGUUGGAUGUGGGCUACCACACUUUCACUGAGGAGGUCCUGAAAGGAAUCCCCAAUCUACAAAAGCUAGGGAUUCAAAUUGAUUUACCGCCUGGUGAUGCUCCUGAUCCGUUUCAUCAAUACCUGAAUCGUAUCUCCAGUCUCAGCAAACUGGAAUCACUGGAAUGUGUGGUGGUGAAUCCUGAGGUUGAGCCCAGGGUUGCUCCACCGGCUCCUCGCUCGAUGUUCCCGCCAAGUCUGGAACGGCUGAGCUUGAGCGGGCUGGGGUAUCCCUGGGAGUACAUGAAUAUCAUUGAAGAGUUGAAGAAUCUCAGGGUGCUAGAUUAUUUAUUUAUUUUGAUUUUUUUAUGAAAGAUGAUCAAUAAUGAUUACUCAUUUUUCUCGAUAUAUAUAGGUGUUGGAAUUACGGGGAUAUGCUUUUCAGGGAGAAAAGUGGGAGACAAGUUUCAGGGCUUUCCGGAAACUGGAACGUCUUGUGAUUGAAGAUACAGAUUUGGUGCAGUGGAAGACUACAGUUUAUAGCUUUCUUAAGCUUAAACAUGUGAGCAUCAAACACUGCUACAUGUUGGAUGAAGUCCCUAGUCAUGUUUUGGCGUGGCAUGAUACAUUUGAAGUAGUUGACUGCAAUCCUUUGGCUGCGGCGAAUUGGAAAGAGAUGAUAAGAAUGUGGAGAGGAAGCAAUGUCCCACUUAUAACUGAAGCUACAUCAUAUCGACAUUCAAAACUUCAUAUGGACUUCUCUUGGGAAGUCGGUAAAAGGUUAACCAUUCCUGCAGCUGUAGAUCCACCGCCUGCCCUUCUCAACUGUCGCGCCGUCAUCAUCAAACAAUUA